UUCUAGAUUAUCACCAACAUGCAACGACUAUAAAAGUAGGCAUGGAUUCUUGCAUUUCAAACAAAUUAACUUUUCCAGAGACAAUUCAUGGCCAUGGAAAAGCUUAUUUCGGUUUUGUUUUCUAAAUUUAUUCUCCUCCUUUUAUUCUUAGAUGUCACUAAUGCAUGUGGUUUGCAGCUUGGGUUCUACAGUGGUACUUGCCCUAAUGCAGAACAAAUUGCGUAUGCGGUUCUUUACAAAUACAUUUCUAGAGACCCCACUCUUGCUCCUUCUUUGUUGAGAAUGCAUUUCCAUGAUUGUUUUGUUAGGGGAUGUGAUGGUUCUGUGCUAUUAAAUUCUACCCAGGGUUAUAAAGCCGAGAAAGAAGCAUUCCCAAACCUAAGCUUAAGAGGGUUCCACGUAAUUGAUGCUGUAAAAUCUGAACUAGAAAAAAAGUGUCCUGGUGUGGUUUCUUGUGCUGAUAUCUUAGCAUUAGUAGCUCGAGAUGCAGUUUUCAUGAUUGGAGGACCAUCUUGGGAUGUUCCUACUGGACGUAGAGAUGGAAGAGUCUCAAUUGACACCGACGCUUUAGAACAAUUACCAUCUUUUACUGCUAACAUAACCGAGCUCAUAAAAGAUUUCUCUGCCAAGGGUUUAAGCGUUAAGGACCUUGUGGUUCUAUCAGGAGGACACACAAUUGGGAUUGGCCAUUGCUCUUCAAUCUCAGAUCGCUUAUACAAUUUCACAGGUAAAGGCGACACUGACCCAUCACUGGAUCCCAAAUACGCAUCGGCGUUGAAGGAAAAGUGCAAGCUGGGAGGAGACAACUUGAAAACGGUAGAAAUGGACCCUGGAAGCUUCAGAACAUUCGAUGAAGGUUACUACAGUAAUGUUGCUAAAAGAAGAGGGCUCUUACGAUCUGAUGCUGCUCUUCUUGAUGAUGUACAAACCAGAACCUACGUCCAACUUCAAUCUGUCACCCAUGGAUGGACUUUCGCUCAAGAUUUCGGUGCUUCAAUGAUCAAAAUGGGUUCCGUUGGAGUCCUCACUGGUAACCAAGGGGAAAUCAGAAAACGCUGCGCUUUUGUCAAUUAAUUUGUUAGGAAAUGUAAGAGAUAUCCUGAUUCAAGUAUUAGGGCAAUGAAAGAUUAAGUAUGUAUUCAUCAAUCUGGGUAGCCUAUCCAGAUUAGUUUUCCUUCAUCUUUAAGGUGUAGGGAAUGGAAAGAUCUUGAGUUUGAGUCUUUCCAACUACCUAUCCAACUUUAUAAUGAGAAGUGAGAUAAUUAGCUCUCUUGGUAUAA